UGCGCCGCACGCAGCUGCGUGCGCCCGCCCUCCCCGAGAGCCUGCUGUCUGAGCUAGGCCAGGGUGGCCCAACCUUUCCCUCCCAGUUUGGGGCAGAGGAAGCCGAAAGUAGCUUCAGCGAGGUGAAGCGCCCGGGGCUGGCAGAGGACUGAUCAGAACUUUGCUGAGAUCGGGAUGUGUGGGGCGAGGCCGUAAGGACUUGACUCACCUUCUCCAUCCCCUUUUCUCCCCCACUUCCCAUCCAGUGGGCUCCGUGCCUCCAGCUGUCAGCCCCCGAUUUCCUGGCAGGGUGUGGCGACCCCGAUUUCUGUUUGCAAGCACAGCCAGGAGUCCAAGAGCCAGGUCCCAAGGCUGGAUAUCUUUUGCCAGCAGUCCAAGAGCCAGAUCCCAAGGCUGGAUAUCUUUUGCCUCGGCUGCUAGCCCGGGCCUCAGAGUCUUGAGUGCAGGCGACUGAGCGUGGGCCCGAGGGAAGUGCCAUACACCAUGGCUGACCGGCAGGCGGGCCCGGCGGCGGGGGACUGGGAGAUCGAUGUGGAGAGCCUGGAGAUGGAGGAGGACAGCCACAGGGCGCCGCCGCGAACGCCGCCAGGGCCCACCCAGCCGCCGGCAGACGGGGACUGCGAGGACGAGGAGGACGAGGACGAGGAAGACGACGACGGGGAGUUCGAGGGCGAAGGCGAGGAGGCGGGCGCGUCCCCAGGGGUGUCCGGCAGGCCAGAGAAUCAGGGGAGCCUGCCGCUGAGGCCGCCUGCGUCGUCGCAGGCCUCGCAGGCCCUCGCGGGGCAUGCAGAGCGCGGCACGAACGCGGGAGGCUGCGUGGAGCCACGGAAGCUGAGCCGCACGCCGAAGUGCGCGCGCUGCCGCAACCACGGCGUAGUGUCCUGCCUCAAGGGCCACAAGCGCUUCUGCCGCUGGCGCGACUGCCAGUGCGCCAACUGCCUGCUGGUGGUGGAGCGGCAGCGCGUCAUGGCCGCCCAGGUGGCGCUCCGGAGGCAGCAGGCCACCGAGGACAAGAAGGGGCUUUCCGGGAAACAGAAUAACUUCGAUCGCAAAGCUGUGUAUCAGAGGCAAAUCAGGGCACCCAGUUUGCUGGCCAAAAGUAUUUUAGAAGGCUACCGCCCCAUUCCAGCAGAGACUUAUGUGGGAGGGAGCUUACCUCUACCUCCCCCCGUAAGUGACCGGAUGAGAAAAAGGCGGGCCUUUGCUGAUAAAGAGUUGGAGAACAUUAUGCUGGAGAGAGAAUAUAAAGAGAGGGAGAUGUUGGAAGCUUCCCAAGCUGCUGCCUUGUUCCUGCCCAACCGCAUGGUGCAUGGACCUGAAUACAAUUCCUACAAAGGUGCCUACAACCCCACCCCAGUGGAACCGCCAAGCAAAGACUUCUGUAACUUUUUGCCCACUUGCCUUGAUCUAACCAUGCAGUAUUCAGGGUCUGGGAAUAUGGAACUAAUUUCUUCCAAUGUCAGUGUGGCCACGACUUACAGACAGUAUCCCUUGUCCUCAAGAUUUUUAGUUUGGCCCAAGUGUGGCCCAAUUAGUGACACUCUCCUCUACCAGCAAUGCCUGCUAAAUGCCACCACCUCAGUUCAAGCCCUGAAACCUGGGGCCAGCUGGGACUUGAAGGGAAUACAAGUCCAGGAUGGGCUCGGUACAGAACAUGAUAUGUUGCCACCCAAAUUGGAAGGCUCUCUGGUGCUGCCUCACACUUCUGAGGUCCAGACCUCAAGAACUGACCUUCAGGGUCACCAGGCUGUUCCUGAGAGGUCUGCAUUCUCCCCACCCCGACGGAAUUUCUCUCCGAUUGUUGACACGGACUCCCUGGCAGCUCAAGGGCACGUCUUAACCAAGAUCAGCAAAGAAAGCACCAGGCACCCUCUACCACUUAAACAUAAUCCAUUCCACUCACUAUUCCAGCAAACUCUUAAUGACAAAUCAGGCCCUGAGUUGAAAACACCAUUUGUCAAAGAGGCCUUUGAAGAGGCCCCUAAGAAACACAGAGAGUGUUUAGUCAAGGAGAACCAGAAAUACACUUUUACAAUAGAUAGAUGCGCAAAAGACCUUUUUGUAGCCAAACAAGUUGGAACAAAACUCUCGGUGAAUGAACCGCUGUCAUUUUCUGUUGAGUCUAUUCUCAAGAGGCCUUCAUCUGCCAUCACUCAUGUCUCUCAGUGAAAGGCUGCUUAAAUGGAAAGCUGGAUUUUCUGCAGUCUCAGAGGGUUCUUACCAGUCGCUAAUUUUCUUUUUCAGAAAAAAAGUUUAAGAUGUUUGUAUAAAGAAAUUUGUAAUGUAAAUGAUGGCGAUUUAAAAAUUCUAUAUAUUCAUAUGCAUGUACUUUUUCUCACCACAUAAAUAUAUUUAAAGAUGGAAUUGCUCAUGUGCAAGUUGUAAAGUUCUAAGCUUUACACAUUAUUUCUAGAAGCAAUAAAAUUGACAUUGUCUUCUAAAAGACUCAGUAUUUGCUGAAGUAAAUAGUUGUCUCUGUCUAGGUGGAAAAGCUAGUGUCGAUGAAAUGUGAUCUUUAUUUUUCUAUGAUUCUGUGUAUUUUCAAGUGCUCUUAAGGGUUGCUGGGGGCCAAACUAAUGCUUCAGUUUUUGCAUUUUGGAGGGCAUGUAAAUGUAGCUAUUCAAGACUGAGACAAAAAUAACUUUAUGGAGAACAUAGGGAAGAUUUGCAUGUUUAUAGAAUCAUAAUUUCAUGUGAUUGGACAAAAUUGUAUUAA